AAAUAUAAUCUGUGAAGUCUAUAGAUCUUCUCCAUGUUCUAGAUGCUCCGUCCAACCUACCUGAUAGUGAGGGAUGGUGUGACCUUCCUGUGUGGAAUCCCGGGAAUACAGAGGAUGGGGAAAUUUCUCUGGUGGGUUCCCAUGACUGGAUCCAUCUACCUGAUGAUGGUGGCUCCAUCAUAUCCUUGUGUCCUUCUGAAAACUCCUCCAUCACUCCAUACUCCUCAUCCUCCUCUUUAUACUCUUCUUUUACGACAAUUUUAUAAUCCCCGAAGAUUCCACUCUGAACAU